AUGCCUUCCACCCGCAACCCAACCACCACACCCAGCCCACCCACGGCACCCCCUCCACCACCCCCACCACCCCCACCACCCCCACCACCCCCACCCACCCCACCCCUUCUCCGCGCCGGUCGCAAAGAGGCCGCCGCCCUUGUCAAACGCUUGGAACGCCAACAAGAAAAGACAACGCGGGCAAGAGAACACCUGGAAAAGGUUGAGCGCGGCGCCAUCCGCGCGACCGACAAGGGCCGUGCGGUUUUGGCCGCAAUGUACCCCCCCCAGGAGAAGGUGGUUAAGGAGGCCGCGAGCCAGACCCCACAAUCGGCGUCUGAGGUCGAGGCCGCCCUUCCCGCCCCUCGUCCUUGCGGCCUCGCGACCCCAACGGCGGCCACCGGUGAUCCUCAAGCCGCCAACCCCGCUCCGCCCGUUCGCCGCCGUCGCGCGGCCAUUCCCGACCAGGGCCCCUACAUCCCGGUCGCUCGGUACGGCGAGAAGGUCGUGUUUAGUGGCGGGCGUGCCGGGCUUCCGGUCACGUUUGCGCUCCUUGGCAUGUCCGACGAGGCCCACCGUAUGGUCCUCAGCGCCGGCGGCAAAGUCCUGCCCCUUUCCGCCAGGCCGGACUGGGCUGUUGUGAGGACCGAUGGCUCACACGCCCUCGGCAGCGAAGCUCUGCUGAAAGACCUUCGCGAGGCGCGCCGCAACCUCGUGGCGGUGGUCUCCGAAACGUGGCUGAUGGCCUGCGUCGCCGCGGGGUGUGUCCUGCCCCGCAACACCGUCCUGCCCCGCGACACUGCCCUCGUCAAACUCCAAGGACGCGGCUAG